AUGGCAGGGUCAUUACAAUCCUCCUCGUUUGAAGAAGCUUACAAAGCUCAUCUUACAAGCGCACUUGGGUUUUAUCAAAAUUUGUUGCUUCGUUUUCAACUUGAGUAUUACCGCCCCGAUGUCUGGUCUAAAGCUUGGGGCAUGUUGGAUUUUGGCAUGAUUACACGUCUCGAAAGUAAGGAAGUCAGCACUGCCCAUUCACUCUGGGCGGAGAAAAUUGCUCAGAAGUUCCUUGUAUAUAUAGGCGAUUUAUUUAGAUAUCAUCUAGAUGUCGGUGAUUUCCAUGCUCGCCGUAUUGCCUACAAGUACUACCAGUUGGCAAUUGCUGUCAACCCCAGCAAUGGUAUGUUUUCUUGCCUACUAAGCCAGCUUGUCUCAGGCACCCCUCACAAUCAACUCGGAACUCUUGACGUGGGUAGGUGCUAUGGCCUGAAUGCAGUCUACCAUUGCCUACGAAGCAUCGUGUCCCCCAUACCAUUUGACGGUGCCAAAGGCAAUCUUGCUACAAUUCUGCUUAAAAACGAGGCCCGUUUUGCCAGUAUGAAGGAGUCCAAGCCGUCAAUGCCCAGUUUACAGUCCCAAGUGCUCCAACGAAAGGCUGCCAUAAAGUUGAAGGACUUGUGUGCUACCAUAGUUAAGUUCCUCUACCUCAUUCACAGGAAUACGCAAGCAUACAUAAAACCCGAGACUCACGCCAUCGACUCGACGAAGGAUCCAGACUUGCUUGACCAAGUUUUGGAGGAUUUUAGCUUCAUUCUGCGCUCGGAGACCAAGCGAUUUGGCGCGAAGUGCAUAGCCCACAUGUUGCCCGAAUUUACUGGAACGUACAGCACAGUUCCGGACUUUUGUCCGGAUUCUGAGUCGUUCAACCGUCAGAAGACUGCGACCACUCCUCUUCUGUCGCCUAUUAUUUUGCGGAUGGUUCUGUGCGCUGUCCUUUUUACAGAUUUUCUAGUCGACAGCAAGGGUUGUGAAUCCCAAGAGCCUCCAAUGGAACAACUUUUUGAGCGUUCAAAAGAACUUCCGUUGUUCAUUCUGCUAUCACUAAACCUGCUUUUAACUCACGCCUCCCACGCCAUGGCAAAAACCGUGAAUAUGUUCACGACGGCUGCUUCUAAGCGCCUUGACGCAGGUCAAAGUACGAGUCGCCGGCGCAAACGAAGCGGUCAGGGUGCAAAACAAACGCUCAGUGGAGACGCUCCUCUUGAGGGUGUUGACGCACAGGAGAUUAAUCCUCCGUUGGACAAUAACUCAAAUGAUGACGACGCUGCCAAUGAAGAGGCGAAUGAGCCCGUGGAUCGGCGUGAGGCAGCUGAGGCGGCGGCGGCGCCUGCAGACGGCAACGGCAGCAACGAAGAUGUGGCCGUGGAAUCCGACACCUCAGGCGAGGUCGUAAGGGGUCCGCGGCUAAGACGACUUCGUCCACGCCGUCGGCCGGGCAAGGAGGACGACUUUUUUUGUAGUUCUCUUAGCGAUUACGACGACGAUGAGGAAGAGGAGGAGGAGGGUAGUGAGUAUUCGGAGGAUGAAGAUGAUUACGACGACGACGAGGUCGAGGAAGAUGAGGAAGACUGGAGCUCUUUGGAAGAGGAAUACGGCGACAACGUCAGGCCUGUCGACAGCGAACUCAAUUCUCAGAACUCAGAGUCUCCUCUGUCGGGUGGGGAAGACGAGGAGUUGGCAGAGACCAGUUUGCAGGCAGAUUCCAUUCGACAGGGCCAGUCACCCAUUCCAGAAGAGGACGCCCAAUCGCCUCCAGAGAGUGAACACGCAGACUCCACCCAAGACGACAAUAAGACCCCUCCAAGUGCGCGCGCCAGCACCAAGGCAGACGACGAUUCCGAUCGAAACGAGGACACCAAGGCGGAGUCCGAUGAGUCAGAGGUGCUGCAGGAGUACACGUGGGUGCGACUCUUUGUCGCAGCCCACUUUGUCGACGGCCUCCUCGCCGCCGUCAAACUCCUCACCGAUUGGCUCGCGCUGUCACGUGACUUCCUCCCGCAGGCGACCGCCUCGCGCGCAGCGUUGGUGCAGCAGGCGGUGUGCCGUCUAGCCGGCCUACUCAACUACCUCAGUCCGAUUGUAGCUCAAGUCGAGCGCGAGUUCUCCGACGCGGAGCUGCUGGCGUGUGACUACGUCGGUUUGCCGAGCGACGGAGUGCGUUCGCCAUCACAGCUAAUGCCUCACCUCUCUGCGCAGUGUCGAGAGGCCUUGAGGCGGGAGCUCCAACAAGGCGGCGACACGUCUAGACGCACGCCUUUGCCGGAGGAUUGGCUGCUUCGGGGCACGCCGUCUCUCUCCGCACUCCACGCUAGCCUCGACUUCGACCAGGGCACCCUAAGUAGUCGAAUUGAGGAGGCGCUCUUGCGGUGCCUCGUGUUGGUCCGCUUCGGACGCCGGUUCGCUCAGCAGACGCCGGAGUUGGGUGUGAAUUUCGUAUACCACGCCGAGUCCAACUACUUCACGGCCCCGCCUCCCACCGACAGCACCAAAACCUUCUCCCGUUCGCACCAAAAGCGGUCCGACGGCCCAGUUCCCCGUAAAUACAGACCACGGAAGGCUAAGAAGGAGAGAGAGCCGUACAGACCCAAGGUUCAGCCGCCGAAAAUUGUAAAUGAGGAGGCGCUUGUGGGUCUCGGUGACCUCCCCACACUCCCCGAAGCGGAAAAGCCGUCUACGUCGACGUCUGCAAUGCGCGAGGAAGCUAUGCGCAACAUGGCAAAACUCCGUCUAAAAAACCAAGUGGACAAACUGUCCGAGGAGAUGGACAAAAGAGCCUCAGUGAGCGUCCGCCCUGUCGCUGGUUUCGGUGGUCAACUGGAGGCCAAAUUCCAGCCCUCGCCCUACAUCGUGCUGGACACUUUUUGUCUACUUGGACACAUGCCUUUCGUCAAAUGCCUGCUCUCCACCCAGCAAUACGUCAUCCUCAUCCCUCGAGCCGUUAUCGCGCACCUUGACCUCCUGAAGAAGACGACGGUGACGGCGAGAGCUGUCAUUCGGUUUCUGGAGGAGCAAACCCACAUCGGCAAUCGCUAUCUCCGCAUCCAGACGGAAGACGAGGAUCUGCCUGAGUCUCAGAAGAUUCGCCUGAACAAGAUCCAGUCGACUACCAGUGGUGACGAUGCGGCUGCCACGCCGUUGCCCGACUUCGCUGUGACCUCCAGGUGGAUCGGCAUCGUUGAAUGCGCCGCCUUCUUUUCCAAGGUCGAACCGGGGUCCCUGGCUUCAAAGAACAGCGAACCUUCCGCAUCGAAGGCGUCAACGGAAAUCGUGAAUCUCCUCAAGUACCGCCCGCCAGCCUCUGAGGUUGUCCCCACCCCCAUAAUCACCGUGUUGAUCGGCUCAAGGAUCACCACACCGCAGGACGUCAGCGUUCCUCUUCAGCUCGUCCACUUCGCCCAAAACUCAGGCAUCGCUCUUGAGCCGAUCCUUCACUUCUCCCAGCGAUGGAAAUCCAAGAGCCGUUAG